ACGUGAACGUGCCCGAGUCUCAUCUAUAAAGCUGGCCAGGGGAGGGACUCUCGCACAAACUCGGCUCUUGACAAUUCCUCUCGCUUCGUCUCCAUCACAGCGCCUUUGUAGCUCUCGUCUUCUCGCGCAUAGUGUAUAACAACAAUAACAACAACAAACAGUGAGCGUAAUAGAAAUUUGAAUAUUUAGUAGCCGAUAAUUAUUCCCGGCAACAGUCGGUUGAGGGAGAGAGAGAGUAUAGAGAGAGAUUUAGUUUUACGCAUUCACGUUUUUGAGUUGAUCGAGCAGCCAGCGGCGGGGAGAAGAGACGGCUCACAUAGCUCGUACAGCUCACACAGCUCACAUAGCUCACACGGCUCGCAUAGCCCUCGCCAAGAGCUCGCUCGCCCUCGAACGCAAUGGAGUCACCCGGAGAGAAGGCGCGAAUGACGCCUGUGCUGGUGUUCUCCGUGAUCGUGGCGGUGCUGGGCUCCUUCUUGUUCGGGUACAACAUCGGCGUGAUCAACGCGCCCGAGCAGAUCAUCCAGGAGUUUUUUAACGAGACUUGGAUCGCGCGCUACGGCAAGGCCGUUGAGAAGACGACGCUCACUACACUGUGGUCGUCCACCGUGGCCAUCUUCACUGUCGGCGGCAUGAUUGGGGCCUUCUCCGUGGGGCUCUUCGUCAACAGAUUCGGCAGGAGGAACUCGAUGCUCGUCAACAACAUCCUGGCCGUGAUCGGCGGGGUGUUAAUGGCGUUCACCAAGCUGGCCAGCUCCUUCGAGCUGCUCAUCGUCGGCAGGUUCAUCAUCGGCGUCCACUGCGGCCUCUUGUCGGGCUUUGUGCCGAUGUACGUGGGGGAGAUCUCUCCCACGUCCCUGCGUGGUGCCAUGGGCACCCUGCACCAGCUCAGCCUCGUCAUCGGCAUCCUGGUGGCACAGGUGCUGGGUCUGGAAUCUCUGCUGGGCACGGCGCAGCAGUGGCCGCUGCUGCUGGGCCUCACGGUGGUGCCGGCCGUGGUGCAGGCGAUCGCCCUCUUCUUCUGCCCCAAGAGCCCGCGCUUCCUGCUCAUCAACAAGCAGAAGGAGAACGAGGCGCGCGACGCGCUGGUGAAGCUGCGCGGCACGACGGACGUGAACGACGACAUGCGUGAGAUGCGCGAGGAGCACCGGCGCAUGGAGCUGGUGCCCAAGGUCGCGAUCCCCGACCUCUUCCGCAGCAUCGACUACCGGCAGGCCAUCAUCGUCGCCGUCAUGCUCCAGCUCUCGCAGCAACUGUCUGGCAUCAACGCGAUCUUCUACUACUCGACGGGCAUCUUCAAGAAUGCCGGCGUGUCGCAGCCGGUCUACGCCACCAUCGGCGCCGGCAUCGUCAACGUCGCCUUCACCGUGGUCUCGCUGUUCCUGGUGGAGCGUGCGGGCCGUCGCUCGCUGCACCUCGUUGGCCUGGCCGGCAUGGCCGCGUGCAGCGUCGCCAUGACGUUGUCGCUCGUCCUGCAGGCGAGCGCGUCGUGGAUGAACUACGUGAGCAUCGUGGCCAUCUUCGGCUUCGUGGCGUUCUUCGAGAUCGGGCCGGGCCCCAUCCCCUGGUUCAUCGUCUCGGAGCUCUUCAGCCAGGGCCCGCGACCCGCGGCCGUCGCCGUCGCCGGGUUCUCAAACUGGACGUCCAACUUCCUCGUGGCCAUGUGCUUCCCAUACGUGCAGGAGCUGCUGGGGAGCUACGUGUUCGUGGUGUUCACCUGCUUCCUCGUCUUCUUCUUCGUCUUCACCUACUUCAAAGUGCCCGAGACGAAGGGCCGCACCUUCGACGACAUCGCGUCGGGAUUCCGCGACAAGGCCGGCGGCGGCGCCAAGGCGGCGCCCACCGACGAGCUCAACCAUCUCAGCGAGGGCAACGGGGACUCGCGGGUGUGAGGCUCCUUGUCGCCCACCCACCCCCGCGGGCCCCACCACCACCACCACCACCACCCCCACCCCCACACUUUUCCGCGACUCCGAGGCAGCGCCCCCGCGGCCGUCGCCUCCGCCCCGAUGCCGGAGAGGUGCCGCCACCCCCCCCCCCCUCCCCACCCCCUCCCGCCUCCACGCAGGGCCCAGGCCUGGGCCUCGUUGUCCGGGUGGGGGUCCGGGGGGAGGGGGCGCGAGCCCUCGUCGACGGGUCGGCUCGCGACGUCGCGACUACGCGGACUUUGCUUGUCACCGAGUCGCGUGGUUUUUAUUGUAACGAGCUGAGCCGGGGUGGGUCGAGUUCAUUUGGGGGGGGAGGCUAUAAAUCCCACCCCAUCCCUUACCUGGGUGCCCCCCUGCCAGACACGGGAGUGGCUCCAUCUCCCUGUACCCUGUACAUAGCACGCUCGUGUAAACGUGUAAAUAGCCGUUGCUCGUAACUUAUUUGCCGUUUGCGUUUUGUACGUACUAACCCCCGUCGCCGCUAUUUAUCGCAGACACGGACCCAAGUUUGAAUGUCGGUACGUUUUGUUCUUUUUAACGUCGGUUCAACGUCAGUUCAAGGUGUGGUUCAUGAUGAAGCGGAGCGUGUCUAACAAAAACGACCGAACGACAAAACAAAAAAACGCCGGAUUUUAAAGGAUUUAUUUUUAAGUAGCUUAAAUGAAUUAAGGACGGGAUA